AUGGCGUCUUCUGGUGUCUUGUUUCCAGGCUUUGUUUGGUUCCUAUGCCUCUUUUGCUUCCUUUGCAGCCUACCACUAGCCAUCUGCAACGAAACUGAAAAUGAUAGGCAAGCUCUCCUCUGCUUCAAGUCCCGGCUCUCGGGUCCAGCAGGAGUUUUAGCUUCAUGGAGGAACACGUCCCCGGACAUUUGCGAGUGGCAUGGGAUCACCUGCAACACGGUGUUCCCUCGUCGUGUGAUUGCGCUGGACCUUGAGUCACAAGGCAUCUCAGGCUCCAUAUCACCUUGCGUUGCUAACCUGACCUCUCUUGCAAGGCUGCAGCUGUCAAACAAUGGCUUCAAUGGUGGCAUACCAUCAGAGCUUGGCCUCCUGAGCCGGCUCCGUGAGCUCAACCUCAGCAAGAACACUUUGGAAGGUAACAUACCGCCAUCUCUGGGUAGCAGCCGUUCUCUUACAUAUGUCAAUCUUGGGAUGAAUGCUCUAACAGGGGUCAUCCCGGAGUCCCUAGCAAAUAGUUCAUCCCUCCAAGUACUUUGGCUCAUGAGCAAUAGGCUUAGUGGAAAACUACCAAAGGCUCUCUUCAGCACAUCGUCUCUUCUUGAUAUUUCCCUCCAACAGAACAACCUUGUUGGUUCUAUACCUGUUGUUUCUGCCACUGCUUCCCCUAUUCAAUACCUCGAUUUAAGGCACAAUCAUAUUUCAGGAAAAAUACCUUCCUCGCUAGGGAACCUUUCCUCCCUCAUCGAUCUUCGUCUUACAGAGAAUAAUUUAGUAGGGAGUAUACCAGACAGCUUAGGUCAUAUCUCAACACUGCAGAUACUGACCUUAAAUGUGAACAACUUGUCUGGGACAGUUCCACCAUCUCUAUUCAAUAUGUCAUCUCUGACAUUCUUGGCUUAG